UCGGGUAUUGUUUCUUGUUCCUGGCCCGCCUCCGCUCUCUUUUCGUCGCGUGUCCCCCCCCAGCCUCUCGACGUCGAGUGAGUGUGUUGAAGCAGGCGCUGGCCGAGGCCUUGCCUGUUCGGCACUAAUGUGUUCGCACGGGAGAUGAUGAGGCUCGGCCACAUUUCAGGCUAAGUUCUCCUCAAUCUCUACCACGCACAUCACUCUCCACUGUCGCAGCACUGCAGUGACAAGCGAGUGGCCAAAACCAAAAAAUAUUUCGACGCGAUUAUAGUUCCAAGGCGCACUGCUGCCGCUUUAUUGUAUCAGUCGCUGUUUCUAUUUGUGGUGGUGUGUGUGGAGCAGCAGAGAUUCCUACCGGGGGAGGGAGAUAAGACGCGGUGCGUUUAUUUCGUCGCCGUUCUUGUUCCCUGGAAUCCUGUCCAGCAGGGUCUAAAACUAUUCAAAACAAAAUCAAAAUAAAAAAAAAAAAAACAUUCAGAAAUCCUUGAUACUUAGAACUCACAACCUUUACCACCCAGGCAAAAUACCUGUCUCGUCUGUCGGCUGUCGAAAACCUGUGCAAAUCCUUUCGGCAGAUUCGCUUCCACUUUCGCAGUUUUGAUUUAGACCUUUUGUCAGUAGCUACCAUGGCUCAGGCACCAGUUCAGCAGCAGGCACCAGCAGCCAGUGGACCUGCACCGCCUAAUUUUGUGUCCACUUCUCUCUAUGUUGGAGACCUAGAAUCCACUGUAUCCGAAGCUCAGUUAUACGAAAUUUUCAGCCAGGUCGGGCAAGUUGUAUCCAUCCGGGUCUGCCGUGAUCUUAUCACCCGACGUUCUUUAGGGUAUGCAUAUGUCAACUACAACAACGCUCAAGAUGCUACUCGUGCUUUGGAGUUGCUCAACUUCAACGCUGUGAACGGAAAACCAAUUCGUAUUAUGUUCUCGCACAGAGACCCAAGCAUUCGUAAGAGUGGAACGGCAAACAUCUUUAUCAAGAAUUUGGACAAAUCUAUUGACAACAAGGCUCUGCACGACACAUUCGCUGCAUUCGGUACUAUUCUUUCGUGCAAGGUUGCAACUGACCCUUCUGGCCAGUCAAAGGGAUAUGGAUUUGUCCAGUUUGAGCAAGAAGAGUCAGCCCAGACUGCCAUCGAGAAGGUGAACGGAAUGCUUCUGAACGACAAGCAGGUUUUUGUUGGGCCUUUUGUGCGUCGUCAGGAAAGGGAUCAGUCAGGAGUAGUUUCGAAGUUCAACAAUGUAUAUGUGAAAAACCUUGCUGACAGCACUACUGACGACGAGCUGAAGAAAGUGUUUGAAGCUUACGGACCAAUAAGCAGUGCUGUGGUGAUGAGGGAUAACGAAGGCAAAUCCAAAUGCUUUGGAUUCGUUAAUUUCGAGCAUGCCGAUGAUGCCGCCAAAGCUGUCGAGGCCUUGAACGGCAAGAAGUUUGACGAGAAGGAGUGGUAUGUUGGAAGAGCGCAGAAGAAGUCUGAGAGGGAAGCUGAGCUUAGGGCAAAAUUCGAGCAAGAACGCAAAGAGAGGAUCGAGAAGUACCAAGGAGUAAAUUUGUACCUGAAGAAUUUGGACGAUACCAUCGAUGAUGAGAAGUUGAGGGAGAUUUUUUCUGAGUACGGAACCAUUGUAUCUUGCAAGGUGAUGAGAGACCCUCAGGGUCAGAGCCGGGGUUCUGGAUUUGUUGCAUUUUCGUCUCCGGAUGAGGCCACACGAGCGGUGACUGAAAUGAACGGCAAGAUGGUUGGAAGUAAGCCUUUGUACGUAGCCUUGGCACAGCGUAAGGAGGAGAGGAGGAAUAGGUUGCAAGCUGCAUUCGCUCAACGAACCCCUGUUGGUCCUGCAGUUCCGACUAGCCUUCCUAUGUACCAUCCUGCCGGUCCAGGGAUGGGUCCAGGGAUGUCUUACUAUGGACAGCAUCCUCCUGGCCCAAUCCCACUUCAGCCUGCCGCGUUCGGAUACCAGCCUCAGUUGAUCAGACCUGGUGGGGCCCAGUUUCCAAACUACAUGGGAUUUCCUAAUGUCCCCCCCCUCAGGCAGGGACAGCAAGGACAGCGUGCUGGAGGCAGGCGUGGCGGGGCACCUCAGCAGCAACAGCCUCAGCAGCAAAUGAUUCAACGGGGUGGUAACCGGAACUUCCGAUAUACUACUAAUGCGAGGAACACUCCAGAUGUCGCUGUUCCUCCUCAGGGUAUCAUGGGUGCUAUGCUUCCUGUUCCCAUUGAAAUUGGAGGUGUGCCAGUGGCUAAUGCUGAUGCUGGCGUUCCUCAGCAGCCUCUGCCAAUCAGUGCGCUUGCUUCUGCUUUGGCUUCUGCCCCACCUGAGCAACAGCGUGCUAUGCUUGGUGAGCAGCUUUACCCUCUGGUGGACCAGCUGGAGCAUGAUUUUGCUGGCAAGGUGACGGGCAUGCUCCUGGAGAUGGAUCAAACUGAAGUUUUGCAUUUAAUUGAGUCGCCCGAAGCCUUGAAGGCUAAGGUAGCUGAAGCCAUGGAUGUCUUGCGUAUGGCUCAAGCUGUCCCAUCUCCUCCAACUGACCAGCUUGGUAACCUUGCCAUCGGCGAUUCGGCUUGAGAAGACUUAAAACAUGGAACCCUAGCCGAGUCGGUUACCUUAGACGGUGGGGUUUCAUGUGUGUGGAGCUCUGGGACUAGUUAUUGAUGAGCAGAUUGGAAUGGUUGCCCGACUUUAGUGCAACAGCAUAGCGUGGGUUAGACACCGGAUGUGGCACCAACCUCUUUCUAAAUUGGAGAACCAGUUCCUUCUUUAGGUCUGAUUUUUCCUCUUGGGCAAAUAAGUGAAUUGGUUAAGUAUUUCGGUGUGUUAGUCUGCUACUCAGGUUGUUAUGCGUUUUCAGAAGUACUAUAUGUAAUCGGGAGACGGAAUUGCAAUUUAAACGAGUUUGGCUUUGCUGUUGUAUGUUUUGAGCAAUAUUA